ACUUCUAUCACAUACAACUUCAUGUCUGACACCGAUACAUUGGACGUUCUGGCUGCAGCCACCAACGUUAACCCUUCAGGUAUGUACUGAGGUAUCCUCUUCGAACCCCUUCGUCUCCAUCUGUUUAUUUUGCCAGCAACAAGUGCGCUCAAAAACAAUGAACUGGAUUCUCGAGCGAGUGUUUACAUUCUGUGAAAAUUCUUGUGGAUCUAAAAUAAACAACUCCCGUGUGGAAGACCCUGAAUUCUCUUGCCACACAUCGCUCAACUACUACCAGACUACUGGGUUCAUCACGCUGUUGCUUGUCCCCUACUAACUAUCUGAUUUUAGACCCUCAAUUGUCCAAAACUCGUCCUCAUCCACGCGAGAGCGAUACUCCAGUUUUAUCCCAAAAGGAUUUUAAUUCAAGCACAGACACCUACGCCAGUGAAAACAACGACAUGUCCGAGGACAGAACCGAUGGCCACGAAGCUUCGUUUGAUCGAAACUUUGAUCUCGAUAAUACUUCUGAUUCCGAUUCGAAGGUGAUCAAAACGGUCAAAAUUGAUAACGAUGAAUUUCUGUUUGUGCAUGCAAACCCGCAAAGUGCCCAGGCUACUCCCAAAGGUAUAACUACCACAGUACUGGUGAAUAAUCCAAAUCCUUUUUCGUCUCCCAGCAAAUCGUCAUUAAAGAAGACAACUAGCAAUUCGCCAAAAAAGAAUGUUGUUUUCACCACUUCUGUACCUCAAGUAAUACAUUACCCUCAGAAUGCCGACUCCUCCAUCAAUAUGGAAGAAGAUCCCGAGAAAGAAGAAGAAGAUCGUCAAUUUUCCAAUCAGAUUGAACAGACUUUAAAUCACCAUUGGAACCAAGUGAGACAAGCUUCAGUAUCUUCCGAAGAUACCCCUCCACCUGUCCCUCCCCCGCAUUCAAUUGACUUGAACAGUUUGAAUUAUGAAGCCACAGAAGAUACCGAUAUGGACCAGAAUACCUUGAAAGAAUUUAAGCUACACCUGAAAAACUUGAAUAACUUAUCAUUGAACGAAAAGUUGGACAUAUUUCUUAACAAUCAAAACGCGUUAGGUCAAGAUGAUAGAGAUCAAAACACUACAAAGGAAUUAGACCAGCAUUUACAGGAUCUUCAUGAAGACUCGAAGAAUAGGUUGGAAUCGAACAUCCAUCACUUGUCUUUGGAUUUGCAAAAUAAACUAGGAAAUAAGGUAGAGAACCCAUUGAAUUCUUUAACCAAGUCGUCAGAGGUUCCUUUGAGGUCAGCUGGUUCUUCUCAGUCAUCAUUACAGUCUCUUUUGGAAGAUAACAGGAUGUUGCCUUCUAAGUAUAACGAUAAGAAUGAAGGCUUUCAAGGUAUCCAAUUGAACGAUGGGAUCCACGGAUUCUCAAAUGACUUGGUUGAACAAUUAAUACCUCAAUCUCGAUCAGCUCAGCUAUUAAAUUCAGACGAAUCUCAGCUUUUAUCUUUCAAUACCAAUCCCAACAGGCUUUCAAAGCAGUCACUUCUUUCAGAAAAUGAUGAAUUUCAUGAUUCUUUCGACAAUGAAUACAAAGACACUGAACAAUCGAUAAUGGAUUUGUUAUCUUCGGCUGCAAUGAACCAACACACAAGCACCGAAAAGAAUCCAAUCGUGAAGGAAGAACCAAUCGAGUUUCAAGAUUUGAGAUCUUCUGAACCAAACGAACGUCAAAUAAAGCAGUCUCCUAGUAUGGCAGAUGUUGAACUCAAAGGAGAACUUGAUGAAAUUCUGCCAAAAGAAGUUUCGCAAGAUAUCAAGAAACCCGUUCUCAGGGCAACUGGAUCAGACGACGAAAUUGAACAAUACAAUGAUAGCUUUGAAGAAGAGAAAGUCUCGAAUUUCAGAAUCGGGGAUCAUAUUGAAAACGGAUGGAAAUAUGAAGACUCUCUUGAUGCUGAUAGAGAGGACAAUGACGAAUUCACUAACAAUGAUGUCACAAUCCUUUCUCAUUUGAAUAGAGACGAAGACGAAAUCGAUCCCGAACUGGAUGAUAUCGAGCCAGCAUCGGACAUGUUAAAUUCUUCUCAAGACAUAGAACCAUUGGAGGUAAACUUAUCUCCAGACACUAGCCAAAGCAUUGAAGAUUCUCCUGAUAGAGUAUCAUUAGCUCCUCCAAGAAGUGUUGAUAUUGGUAUCGAUGCUACUGUUCCUCCAACGCCCCCUCAAGAUUUUGAAUCAAAGCACAACGAUUCUGAAAUCUUGGCUAAUUCAACAAAUAUUCCCCCUGAAGAGCUCACUUUGCCUCCAAUCGAACCAGGUAAUUAUUCAUCUUUUGAAGAAAUAACGAAAACGCUUAAUAACUCGAAAGGUACUGAAGAAGACUCAUUUGAACAAUCCUUGUCAGCCGAAUUUGACGAGGAUAAGCCUACCACAAAGACCACCAGUUAUUUGUCCAUAUGGCACUUACAAAAUAGGAUUAAGCCAAAGAGACCAAUACCUACCAAACUGGUUGAAGCUAGUGAUAUUACCAUUUAUGAUCCCAACACAAAUAGCUACAGGGUUCCAAGUGCUUUGUUAAACAAAAGGAUUAAGGAUGUGAAUGUUGUUUCUCGAAAAGUUGUUGAUCCAAACGAAGUAGAAUAUGACGAAGACUUUUUACCGGAAUUAUCACAGGAUUCAGGAUUCGAAAAGCAUUUCAACAGCUUGAUAAAUGUAUCAGCCAAUGAUUCAAAGGUCUUUUCUCAAGGAUCUGCUGCUGCCAAUAGACUUAGCAAUACUCCCUUGAGUGAUCGUAACAUUUUGACCAAUAUUGAAGCGGCAAAGUCUGAAGAAAGUCUCCUUUUUGGACCAAAAGCUGAAGCAAACCAAACAAGAUUGUCGAAACCACCUGCAGUACCCGAGAAACCAAUCACUCAGAUAAAUCAAAAGAGAUCUAGGUUCCGAGUUCCUUCAAUUGACAUCAAGAGGUCUAUUACUCUAGCUGAACAAAACAAGACUAGGGACAAGUAUGAUGAUAUCUUCAAGGAUUCCGUUGCUCUUGAUAGAAGCUUAACAACGCCAACAAUCAAGGGCCAUGGAAUGAAGACUUUGCCCAGUAUGGAUAAGGACGAUGUGAAAAAAAUCUUGAACACCAAGAGGAUGAUUAGUCAUGAGGAGUAUAGCCAAGUCAAAUUGGUUGGAAGAAAAUCUUCCAUUGUCCAUGACAAUUCUGAAAAGUACGAUUCCUUACAACAGCAAGCUUCUAUCCACAAUGCUGCUGAUAACUCGAUGGAUUCAUCUCCUUUGGAUAACGACGUUAUGCCCCAUUUGGCAUCUGAGUUGAUGAAAGUACCUCAAGCUUUAUUAUCCAAAGAGCAGGUUUUUAAUGAUUCGGAUUUGGCUUCAUCAAAGCUUCCAAAUUCGAAUUUUUCCUCCAGAAUUUCAUCUGCAGUGAAUAAAGAUAUCAAUGUUGGUCAACUGUUCCCAGAGCCUGAUGCUGAUAUUCUUAGUUCUCCUUCGAAUAUUUUCAAAACUCCACCUAAGGAUGAUGCAGAACAUCUGAAUGAUGGUUUGAAUACGCAAAUGAAGGAUAAAGAGAACAGACCUCCAAAUAUGAUCCAAAAAGGUAAACCAGGAAGUCCAAUCAAGAUUAAAACUUCUCCUAUUAAAGUUGUUAAGAGAAAUUCAGGUAUAUCAAUACUGUUGGCUCCACCAAGACUAUCCAAUUCUUCAACACUUGAACCUGAGGUGCAAGUGAACAAGGUUAGUGGAUCUUCUGAACAAUUUUCUGGAAGUGAAAUUUCAAACAUCAAGUUGAGAAAGGAACAGUCACCUUAUCAUGAGAAACAGUUGAGUGUGGUGUCUGUUCCCUCGAUGUACACUACCAAUACUAAUGUUACCCAACCAUCUAGAACAUCUUCGAACACAUUAUUAAACCAAAACAAUGGAAAGACAAAAGACUCGUGGAAGCAACAUUCUGUUCAAUCCAGUGUUAUCAGAGAAAACGAUGAACUUCUACCUGUGGAAAGAGGUAGAUUAUUCUUCAGAGUUGUUGGUUUGAAAAACAUUAACUUACCAGACAUUCAAGGUCAUGAUGCCGAAUUUUCUGUGACAUUAGAUAAUGGUGUCCAUUGUAUCAAAACACCCAACUAUAAAGUUGAUGACCGCCGGGUAUUGAUUGGAAAGGAAUUCGAAUUGACUGUAGGAGAUAGCUUAGAGUUUAUCUUGACGAUGAAGAUGAACUACGAAAAGCCUAAGGGGAAGUUAGUUGAAGUACAAGAACGGAGGCUUGUCAAAUCUAAGAGCAGAUUGAGUCGUAUGUUUGGAUCAAAGGAAGUCAUCACUACUACUAAGUUUGUUGCUCAAGAUCCAGUUGACUCUUGGAAGACCAAAUUUGCUCAAGACGGAUCAUUUGGAAGAUGUUACAUUGACUUCGACCAGUAUGAGUCCAAGAUAAGCUAUAACACCAACAGUUUUGACAUACCUUGCUUCAAUGAAUGGGAAAUUAUUCAAAGUAGCAGUGGACCUAUCAAAGCCAAGCCAUACGUAAUUGGUAACUUAGAAGUCAAGAUGUUGUUCAUUCCUAGAUCCGAGAUGCAUGAAGCUUUACCUACGAGUAUCAGGUCUGCAUCAGAAGUUAUUAGCCAAUUACUCAAUGAAAACCAACUCAGAUAUGAAGGUUACUUGACUCAAGAUGGAGGAGAUUGUGAAAGCUUGAAGAGAAGAUUCUUCAAGCUUGAAGGUACAUCGUUGAUUGCCCAUUCAGAGUUCAACCAUAAGACAAGAGCUAAAAUCAACUUGGCCAAGAUCAUUGACGUGAUUUUCGUGGACAGAAACCGUCCUGAGACAGCACAAAAGGCCAGAAACUUCAGUGAUAUCUUGUUGGUACCAGAUUCAUUCAAGAUCAAGUUUGCAAAUGGAGAAAUCAUCGACUUUGGCGCUGCCAAUAACCAUGAGAAGUACCAGUGGAUUUCGUAUUUUGAAACGAUCGCUCAACAUAAUCGGUUCCGUCGCUUGCCAUGGGUUAAGGCCAUGUUGGAGCAAGCUAAGACUAAAACUAAUAAUCCCUGGUUUACCUUGGAGGGCCAGUGAAUGCAAGAGCCCCAUUUAAUAAUGUAUCAUAAUAAAUAGUACAAUAAGUUUUAAUGUAAACACCCAUUAGAUCCGCAUGAAUAUGCUGUACAACUCCGAAGUAAAUAAAUGCGCCAGAC